UUUUAAAAUUUCCUUUUCAAUUGAAAAAGGUUUUGUUUGGGUAAAUUGAUAGAGGAGUGUGAAAGGCAAAUGAUUGAGUCGUCGAUGGCUGUGUACAAUUUUGCAACAGUUUUGAGUUGUUUCUCUUCCUCAAAUCGCCACCAACCUAAUCUGUCCCUCCGUUUUAACCCUGGUUUCAUUUCUAGUAACAGUAAUCCGUCCCUCCGUUUCAUUACUAGUAACAGCAAUGAGCAACCAAAACGUCCUUGGUUCAGGUCAAGAUUCUGUGUUGCCGCACUCAUACCUCAAAGGCUUCCCACCCGAGUACAUGGACUGCUCGCUGAUGAUGAUUCUGUAACCGCCCCUCCACCCGAAGAAUCACACAAUUCUGAACAGGAUGCUACUAUUGACUUGAGUCUUCCUAGAAGAAGUUUGCUCGUACAAUUUACAUGUGACUUGUGCGGUGAAAGAACCAAGAGGCUUGUAAACCGAUUAGCUUAUGAAAGGGGUGCCAUUUUUGUUCAGUGUGCAGGCUGUCAACGGCAUCACAAAUUAGUUGACAAUCUUGGACUGAUCACGGAGUAUGAUUUUCGGGAGAAAAUGGACACAGACUCAGAAGUUGAUCAAAUUUGAUGUGUGGUUCAUAACUAGACAUUUUUAUUUGACAUUUUCUGAUUAUUUUGAUAAUUAAAAAAUUCAUAUUCAUUAAUGUCCCCGAGCAAAGAUCGUGACAUAAAAAGAAAGAAUAAUAAGUAUUGACACUCA